AUGCCUGUAAGAAAGAAGUAUGGAAGACCAACACCCUUCACCAUUAUUAAACCGACCUACAAAGCAUUCACCACAAUUUUGCUAGUUUUCUGCUUGUGGACUCUUUUUUACGUGCUCCUAAAUUCUGAUGAUGAGGAUGAUGAUGAGAAUGCAAAUGUUUCAUUACAUGGAGCCUACAGCCUGGUUGAUCGUGAUGAGUUUUUAUUUAAGAAGAUAAAUAGGAAAGCACCGCACGAUCCCAAUCCUGAUCAUCAUAUCAUAGCCAGUAGUAGUAGUAGUAGUAGCAAUGUGGGUCUAAAUUUUGAAAAGUCAACAACUUUUAAUUUUUUGUUGGAGCAUAUGUCGAUGGAUUGGCACUUUUGGUGGAUGUCGACAAGGUUGGAAGCAAUUUGGCCUCAAGUAAAAAGUGAGGCUUUCAAAAUUGUUGGGGACUGUGAAGAAUUUCAUCCUUACAGUAGAAAAAAAAUUAUAAUCACACCUGGCCUGCUCACACUAACCAACUUUGCAAGUCCCCAGACAAUAAAAAAUGGCGGCUCACUUGGUGAAUUGAUGCAGUGGGCAGAUUUGGUUGCUGGAUGUUUGGCUCUGUGCCAGCAGGUUGUCGUCAGGAGUAACUUGAAAGUUGUUGCCAAUGAAUUGAAAGCCAUGUCGUUGAGUUCUUUGGAAAAAAAUAAAAAUGGAAUUAGGACAAGUGAGGACCAGGGAUGUGCUGGGGCUGAUGAAGUCGACAUCAUCUUUACUGACAUACCCGGCUAUAGAGCUCUUCCUCAACAAAUCACACAACUUUACAAAUACAAAUUUCGUAUACUGGAUGUAUAUGGGACAGAGCCAGCAUACAACGACCUAGCAUUCAUCAAAGCACACAAUCUCAGUGUAGGCUGGGGAGGGCUGGAUUUGAACCCCAAACAAUUUUACACCAUGUUUCCGCACACACCUGACAAUUCAUUUCUUGGUUUCAUGAUCACCAAAGACCAAAUAUAUAACCGGCACGCGAACUACAAUGACGACAAUGACAUCAAUAAUGGCAACAUCAACAACAAAGACGACGACAAACGCGUCAACAACAACAACAACCACAACGAAGAUGACAAUCCAAUCAGGUUCCAAAAACUGCUUCCAGAAGGUUCUGAACUUCUUGGUAUUCAAGAUGUAAACAGUUAUAAAAAACUUCUAUCAUCAGCCAAGGUGUGUGUCGGCUUGGGAGAUCCAAUUGAAUCACCAAGUCCCUUGCUCGCUCUUGCUUCUGGCUGCAUAUUUCUCAACCCCGCCAAAAAUUUAACUCUAUUUGGGAAACCCACUUCCAGGAUUAUAACAAGUCAGCACCCUUAUUUGGAAAGGUACAUUAAGGAACCCCACGUCUUCACUUUUGAUGCACACGAUUCCAAGCAGCUUGAAGCUGUCAUGCAGAGAAUUGCUAAGAUUAAAGAUUUUGCGCCAGUGUUCCCCUAUGCCUUCUCAGUUCGUGGUUUCCUUCAUAAUCUGAAUGAUCGACUGCUGGGACAAAACUUCUGUACAGACAACAACAUCAAAAGAAGCAAAAGCACCAAUGAUCAUUACAAUUUUUACCUCGCAGAUGGCAAUCACAUUGAUUGUAAGGAAUUGUGUUACGAUAAAAAUUUGAUAUGUGAGUUGGAUCACUUCAUCCAUCUCAACCACGUCAACUCGUUCAAGAGGUUCUGCCAUUUUAUUUCCAAAUCCAUAUUUCUAUUUCUAAUUGCUUGCAAUAACACUCGACCACUCAAAACGUAA